CCCUGUCAGUUUCAGAGUGAAACUCCCUCCCUCUGGGCAACUCUUCAUCCCGGGAGGGAGUGGGGGUCAAGUCUGUUCACUUGAAGCAACUGGAGUGAUUCCAGGGAGGGGGCAGACUCUGCAAACUCAGAGUAUUUGACGAUCUGAGGACAAAAGUUUCAAAAUUAACAGAUGAAGGGCUUGUGCCUGAAACGUCAACUUUCCUGCUCUUCGGAUGCUGCCUGACCAGCUGUGCUUUUCCAGCACCGCACGUUUCAGCACCGACAGUCCAGUAACUACAAUCCUCACUUUGUCAUCAAUGUCUGACAGUCAUUCAAUCCAUCGAGACUGUAAUAAUUUUUUACUGUGAUUCUGUGAGAAGAAGCAAAGUUUUUUGGUUCCUGUUUAAGUACGUUUUCAGCAUCAGUGGGACUGGAUGAGAGACCCUACUGUUGCAGUGCAUUGAGUGUGAAGCCAGAAACAGCUCUACGGCCUGGAAAGAGGAAUUCACGGUGAGGAGGGGCUCUACACGCAUUUGUGUACAGCUGAAGCUGCAGCCAUGGAGAAACCUGAGGAAUCCCACCCCGAGGAGGAAUCGUGGAAGUGUGGUGACUGCGGGAAAGGCUUCCGUGCUCCAUCUGCCCUGGAAAUUCAUCGGCGCAGUCACACCGGAGAGAGGCCAUUCAUCUGCCCCAAGUGUGGGAAGGCCUUCAGCAAUUCCUCUGCCCUUAUGAGGCACCGGUGGGUCCACACAGGGGAGAGGCCCUUCGGCUGCCCCGAUUGUGGGAAGGACUUCAGCUAUUCUUCUGACCUGCAGACCCAUCGACGGGUCCACACGGGGGAGAGGCCGUUCUCCUGCACUGUGUGUGGGAAGGCCUUCAGCACCUCCUCCACCCUCCUGACCCAUUGGUGGGUCCACACUGGGGAGAGGCCAUUCACUUGUUCUGAGUGCAGGAAGGGAUUCACUCAGGAGGGCAAGUUGCGGAUGCACCAACGGGUCCACACUGGGAAGAAGCCUUUCAGCUGCCCCGAGUGUGGGAAGGCCUUCAACGAUUCCUCUUCCCUUCAGACCCACAAGUGGAUCCACACACAGGAGAGGCCGUUCCCCUGCACAGAGUGCGGCAAGCUCUUCAGCAAUUCCUCCACCCUGCUGAAGCACCAGCGGGUCCACACAGGGGAGAGGCCCUUCAGCUGCCGCGAGUGUGGGAAGGGCUUUACCCAGAUGUCCGUCCUGCUGAUCCACCAGCGGAUCCACAUCGGUGAGAAGCCUUUCUGCUGCCCUGAGUGUGGGAAGGGAUUCACUCAGAAGGGCAACUUGCGCACGCACCAGCGGGUCCACACAGGGGAGAAGCCCUUCAGCUGUCCCGAGUACGGAAAUGCCUUCAGUGAUUCCUCCACCCUACUGAAGCACCAACGGGUCCACACGGGGAAGAAGCCAUUCCCCUGCCCCGAGUGUGGGAAGGCCUUUAGCAAUUCCUCCGACCUGCUGAAGCACCAGCGUGUCCACACGGGGGAGAAGCCCUUCAGCUGUCCCGAGUGUGGGAAGGGCUUUACCUGGGCAGCCACCCUGCGGAGGCACCAAGGAGUUCACGUGCCAUCACAGGGGGAUUGAAGGAGUGACUGUCAAGUGCCAUUAUGGACUGGGCUAUCAACCCAGUUCUGGAACUCCCAGGUUUGAAUCCCACUGCGGCAGAGAGUGGAUUUGGAAUUCGGUCAGAAAUCUGGAGGUCAGAAUCGAACAAUGAAACCGUUGGGCGGGGUGGGGGGAAGCCCCAUUCUGAUUCAGUCAUGUUCUUUUUAGGGAGGGAAACUGGUGUUGUGGGAAAGGAUUCACUCAGUCGUCCCAGCUGCAUCAUUUCCCUGGUCUGGCCUACACGUGACUGCAGACCCACAGCAGUGUAGUUGACUCCACCUGCUUCCACCCACUUCUUUCCCUCCCGGCAGAUGGGUGGAGACAGACUUGGAUACAGGGUAUGGGUUGAAAUCGCUGAGUGAGGCGAUACUUCCUCUGGGUUAAGGCUGUACCAAGGAUCCAAUUACAAAGGGACAAGUCAGUGGUGACCAACAGUAAAGAAAGUGGAGGGUGGGGAGGGGUGCUUUGACCUUGAACUGUUUAAAAAGCAGCUACUUUUUCAACUGCUUUUUGCUGAGGUGAUCUGGAGCUGUAACAAAGUUGGGUCGCAAUAAAGGUAACCUGAACUUAC